AUGGACUUCUUCUUUUUAGAGAAAAGCUUGGAAAUUGAUGGUUUUGCCCGACACAGCCCUGAACGUAUUAAAGGAGACUAUGUAGCUCUGGCAACUGGGAUUUCUUACAUCCUUUCCCGAUGCCUGGAAAUGGCCUGCCUGCCUGCCGGAAUGCCCAAAGCCCAGCCAGUCUCCCUUCUCAGUCUGGAGAGCGUGAUGCCUGCCUGGGCUCUGAGGGCAAAGAACUUGAAUUACAGCGCACCAGACAACCUCUCCAGCUAUGAUGACUACCUGUGCUCUGAGACACAAGAUGGCACCAGACACCCACUGAAGACGCUCUUGAUGCCCUUGGUCUACCUGCUGAUAUUUGUGCUGGGGGGGCUGGGCAACUCCUUGGUGCUGGUGAUUCUGUGGCGCUAUCGGCACGCUCGCACCUCCACCGAGCAGUUCCUCUUCCACCUGGCCUUGGCCAACCUGCUGCUGGUGCUCACCUUCCCCUUUGGGGUGGUGCAGUGCCUGGCGGGCUGGGUUUUGGGGACGUUCCUCUGCAAAGUGCUCAGUGCCAUCAACAGGAUCAGCUUCUACAGCAGCAGCCUGCUGCUGGGCUGUGUCAGCGUCGACCGCUACCUGGCCGUGGUGCACGCGGUGAGGACCUUCCAGAAGCGGCGGGGCCUGGCCAUCCUCCUGACGUGCCUGGGGGUGUGGCUUCUCUCCCUCCUGCUGACGCUGCCAGACUUGCUCUUCACAGAGGUCUGGCUGGAGAGCAGCAACCUCAGCAUCUGCCACUUCCAGAACGGGCUCCACGGCAACAACGCCUGGCUGGCCACCCGCUUCCUCUACCACAUCGUGGGCUUCUUUUUGCCCUCGGUGGUCAUGUGCUACUGUUACGCUGCUAUCGUGCGGGCCCUGUGCCGCUCCCAGCGCCUGCAGAGGCAGAAAGCAGUCAAAGUGGCCAUUCUGGCCACAGGCGUCUUCCUACUCUGCUGGAGCCCGUACCACGUGGUCAUUUUCCUGGACACCCUCACCAAACUGGACCCCAGUGGCUGUGGCAUGCCAUGGCUGGGCACAGCCACAAUCGUGAGCGAGAUGGUUGGCUACAGCCACUGCUGCCUCAACCCCAUCCUCUAUGCUUUUGUGGGCGUCAGGUUUCGCCAUGACGCUUGCCGCCUUCUGCGCGAUCUGGGCUGCCUGAGACCAGCCGCCCUGCAGGAGAUCCUGAGCGCCUGGGGGACGGAGAGCACCACCGAGACAGAGACCCACCUCUCCAUGGCUCGGCAGCCCUCAUCGCCGGGCACGCUGACUCUCCAGGCCACGCUGGUGGAGCCGUCUGCCUUCUCCCCCACCUGGAUUAGCCACGCGGCCCAGUGA